AUUUCCCAUAUUUUACUCUUUUUCCUUGCAGUUUUGUCAACCCGCAUGAAACAAUUGGCUCACUUGCUGGACGAUUUCAAUUUCGAAUGCAUUGGCACAGCGCAAACAGAUGAUGAGAAUGUCAUUUGCGAAAGUCUGAAACAUUUCGCCGCCAUAAUUGGAACCAUCGAAGAUGAGCGAGAAAAAAUGCUGACGCUGGCGGAUCAACACAUUAUUAUGCCACUGGAGGAGUUUCGUAAGAAACAUAUUGGCGGCGUUAAGGAGAAUAAGAAAAAGUUUGAUAAGAAGACAGAAAAAUUUUGCCAGACACAAGAACGUUUCCUGAAUAUGUCAACAAAAAAGCCAGAGAAUACGAUACAGGAG